AUGAACUUUGACUCUGUAGCUCCAGCCUUCAAAGUUGGACCACAUGAGUUGGAUUUACAGAAGACAGUUAGAGAAUGCAUGGAAAUAACUGAGAAAAGACAGCUUUCCAGCAUUGCAUUCCCUGCGAUAGGUACAGGAACUCUCGGAUAUCCCCAUGAAGUGGUUGCCGCUGAAAUGCUCAGUGCGAUUGAAAAAGUUUCGGUAAAAAGCCAUAAAGUGAAUGACGUUAGAUUCAUAAUGUUUCAAACAGAUCAUAAAGCAGCACAGGCAUUUGAGGAUGAACUUAAGAAGAGACAUGGAACAUGCAGUAAAACUGAUGUGUUUGAAAAACGACGAAGACCCUGGUUCUUAAGAAAUUUCAGACUUGGCAAACAGAUGGAGCAAUCAAAUGACGCAGCGAUUUCUGUAAAACAAACAGAACAAUCAAAUAAUGUAGGGCAAGUGCAAGUAACCCUUGUUAAAGGAGAAAUAAGCGAGCAAAAGGUCAACGUUAUUGUAAACACAGUAGCAAAUUCACUUGACCUAUCAUGUGGAAGUGUAUCAUCUGCUCUCUUGAAAGCCGCUGGACCAGAUUUGCAGGGAGAGUUGAAUACAAAAUAUGCAAACGGAAUUCAGAGUGGUGAAAUAGCCAUUUCGUCAGGAAAAGGGUUGAAAUGUGAUCAUGUUUUUCAUUGUACGUUAGCAAACUGGAAUGCCGCAGAUACUAAUACAAGCAAACAUGUUCUCAGAAGUGCAAUUACAACUUGUAUGCAUGAAGCAGAGAAACUACGUCAUUCAAGUAUGGCUUUGCCAGCAAUAGGGACAGGGAACCUUGGUUUUCCUUGUGAUGUAGUAGCAACUGAAAUGUUCAAUGCCGUAUCAACUUUUCCAGCAAUGUGCCUUAAAGACAUCCGAGUUGUUAUAUUCCCAACACAUACACAAACAGUUCAGGCAUUUGAAGAAGAGUUUUUGAAGUGGACUUCGCAGAUAGACUUUGGUAACGUUUUUGGAGCAAAUGACACGCAACUCGAACACACCCUGGCUUUGGCAUCUCCGUCACCAGCUUUGCAUGCAAGCAA